AGCUUAGUAGGGGGAGAGGGAAGAAGUGUAAAGGGAGUGAGAAAAGAGGGAGAAGUGUGCGCUAAGAAUUAGAGACAGGGUGGGGACACACUUUUUUACACAUUCCCAAGCAGCGGCUGCGCCGAGACUUUAAGCGCUUCCAGUUUUCACAGGGUCACAAUGUUGGUGCUGGUAGGGAUCGUCGGUUUGCACAUAACCACCAUCAUCCUGCUCCUGGUGGCCACUAUUGAUAACGGCUGGUGGAUCAACCAAACUGAAUACAUGGACCUGUGGGGGAAGUGGAGCUUAGUAAACUCAGACUGGCGUUACAGUGAGCUAAAGGAUUACACAGAUCAAGAAUCAGAUUUCCUCCAGGUAGUUGAGGCCACCUCGGUUCUGGCGUGUGUUUUCACCAUCUUAGCCCUGAUUGUGUUUGUGGCCCAGCUGUUUACCCUGCCCAAAGGCCACAGGUUCAUCUUCACCGGCAUCUUACAGCUAAUUGCCUGCCUGUGUAUAAUGACAGCCGCCUCCGUUUACACAGCGCAGCUUCACACCACCGACACACAGGGAGGGUACGGCCACUGCUACGUCCUGGCGUGGAUCUCCUUCGUCUUCACCCUCAUUCUCACCAUCACCUUCGUCGUCCUGCGGAAGAGGACCGAGUGAAGGAGCGGGUGAAGGAGCGAUGAGGAGGAGGGUGGGGUCCAUGUUCCUCUGCUGCCAGGCUGAGGAGUCCUGUUAAUCGUUUUAAAUCCUGUCAGCUUGAUCCGCAGUAGGGAAAGUGUUAAUGCUAACGAGCCAAUUGUUUUGUUUGGAUUUGAACAAAUUAGAGUCGGGGGGGUGGGACUGAAUGGGAAUGAGGAGAGCUUCCAUCUGUGUAACCAAACCAAUUAGUUAUUUAUCUCUAGGCUGUAGCAACCUGUAGGUUUAAAAAGUGAGUCCAGACAUUAUCCGUAUUUAAAGGAAUAGUUUGUGUGAAAUGUUUUUGGGUAGAUUUCCACCAGGCUCAGUCGCUGUUUGGCUCAUUUUACUUGAUAGAGGGUUAAAGAAU